AGGCACUGGCAGUUGCGACAUUAUAUAUCAUCGCCUGACAAGGACGACAUCUACUACGCCAGCGGGAACCAAGUCUACCACCUCAACACCCUCUCGCGGAAGCGCAAACAUCUCGCCACACUACCAUUCGAGGCCCGAUGUACCGCUUCUGGCUUUGGCUGGAUUUGCAUAGGAGGCGAAGAGGAUGGCCACUUUGCCGCCAUCAAGCUAGAGGGCUCAUCUCCGCUCCGCUCUGUACAUGUAGACGCGCCAUUGCCGCUGGACCAAUGGCAACCUCAAAGGGGCCCUCCGAGAGCCGCCAACGUCAAGCUCGAACGUAUAGGCGAAGAAAUCGUCAACUCUAUUUCCAUCCACCAGAUCCACGAUGCCGAAACACACCUCUACGAUGUUGUUGCUGUCUUGACCAACAACGACAAGACUGUUCGCGUCUACUCUCUACCCCAAGCCCUGGAAACCUGUGUUCUGGAUCUGCCUUUCCCCAUGAAUCACGCUUCCAUAUCUCCUGAUGGCACCACUCUCGUCGCUGUUGGCGACUCCAACCAGGCCUUCUUCUAUACACGCACACUCUCACAGCCUCCUCCGCAAAUUCCGAAGCCUCACAAUCGCCUGAACACGACAAACGUUACCUGGGAUCUAGCACACAUUGUCCACCUUCGCGCUGGUGAUCCAACGUCCCAGCCGGGCUAUUUCACAACUGCGUGGUCGCCUAAUGGCAGCUUGGCAGCUCUGGGUUCUGAAGGCGGCUAUAUCACUGUGUUAGAUAUGGAAAUAUUUGCGCAGUGUGCUUCCGAUGAGGCAGAAGACGCCAUUGUCGCAACAAUCCCGUCUACAAGACCCAACAUCGUUGCCGCCCUUCAUCCUGGUGCUGUCAGAUCCAUGAUCUUCUCUCCUGAACCAUGGGACUUGCUGAUCUGGGCCGAAGAUCAAGGCCGGGUGUGCAUUGGCGACUUACGUACUGGACUCAAGACUAAACAAGUGAUAGAGCUAAAAUUGGACGAAGAGGGUUUAAAGAAGAUCGAACUCGAAGAUAUUGUGUCGGAGGAUCUAGCUGAGGGUGACCAUCUAGAGGAUUUGCAGCAAGAGAUUCUGAACCGCUAUCGCGAGACACGAGACCCCAUUGAGCAGGGUAGCUUUGCUACAGAGUUUCUACAGGCUCGAGAGCGUGAACAGUACCUUUCGGAGAGUGCCCGUACAACAGUCCCGACUCUGCGCUACUCGGCAAACGAAGACGACCCUCGAGGCCUUACAGCACACGAGCAACAGAUUCUUGAAGCGCUUCGGACAACUAGACAACGCGAAGAAGCUCGCACUCAAGGAAGUACUCCUCGUUCGAUCAACUACACCAGCGCUGGUCUAUUCAGUGCACACAACAGCAGUCGCACCUCGGCCACUAUGCGAUCUAGCGAAACCUCUCGCCCAUUCAGCGACGUCUUGGUCAACCACAACGAUCCUUACGCAGCCUUCCCAGAACUAUCGCGGACAUCACAGCGGGAUGCGGCAGAGCCACGAGAGAGAGAUCGGGCUACGGGUGACAACACAUUGCCACCUCUCCACUCGAUACAAGAGUAUUUUUCUGCUGCAACCAUACCUCCACAUGCAACACGAGCAACGACUACUACCACCAGGGCCGAGACGGAAGAGGACAACCCUUGGCGUACCAUAUCCAACGCCAUGACGUUGGCCCGCGGACCGCUAUUCGAAUCACCUCGAUCAAUAGACGCCAGUACGCGACAGUCCCGUGAGCGGGAGGCUAUGGUGCGUACAGAACAGCUUCGCCGAAUGGCUUCACAGCGUGAGCGGUUACGCGGACUACGACGGGAGUUUGAGAACGGAACAAAUGCGGCGCAGAGCUUGUACGAUACACUAACCUCACUGCGUGGUUUCACGUCAACUCGGCCUACAGCCUUCCAUGACGGGUACGAGAUGCUGAUGCGCAGAACGGGUCGCGAAGCUACGAUAGGGGUUAGAACGGCAGGCCUGGCUAUUAGCCACGACGGGCGCAAGUUGUGGGCAGCGUGCGAGGAGGGAAUAUUCGAAAUCGACUUGCAGGUCAAGCUGAGAAUGAUGUUUCCAGCAGUGGAGAUGAAAUAA